UCAUAUAAAACGCUAAUUCCAUAGAUACACUGACAAUACAGCUUUUAUGUCCAUUUUACUAUUUGAAUUUCUCGCUUCUAGUUUUAUCUUCUCUUUUGUUCAGUUUCCGUUCGUUUGAAUAAACGGUGCGCAAAUAUUGACACUUUGCGCUCGAUAAGGGUUCUAAUUCUAAAGGUCAUCCCCCAUAUGACAUUUACAAACAACACACCUAUUUGAACGCCAAGAGGGCAAGGAUAUUCAAAAAUAUAUUGAAAAUCUACGAAUAGAGCUUUAAUUCUUGUGUGAUAAAGGGUAGUUUCCGUUAAAAGCCAGCACGAUGUCAGGUCUACCCGCUGUACCGCCAAGACGCACUAGCAGCCCCACAAAAUCCAACAAACAGCAGCUGACACCCCUUCAAACAUUACUACAAAUGGGGUUUCCAAAACAUAGGGCAGAAAAAGCACUGGCGGCAACCGGUCACAAAGGGGCACAACAAGCGACGGAAUGGUUGUUAGCACACGUGAAUGAUCCACUUUUAGAUGACAAUUCGCCCAGAGAAUACAUUUUGUAUGCCUGUCCGACUGGUGCCUUCCUUCAAAAGCUGCAGAACUUUUGGGAUAAGUCGAAAACAAUGUGUGGUUGGAACGGAUGUCAUAACUACUCACCGCACAUUACGUUGGUAUCAUUUUUUAAGGUUCCCGAUGAGGAUUCCCUGCAACUGACCCAGGGUCUGCACAAAGUAAUGGAAAGACAGGGUGCAAAACUGAACGAGCCACUUAAACUAGAAACCUACACUUCACCCAGUUUCAUGGGCUUCUUCGUGGCCGAAGAACACGCUGAUUAUCUGAAAAGAAUCGCUAUGCAAUUUGUCAAAGAAGUAUCCAAUGCAAUAAUCAGUGACACAUAUGAACAGUUUGAUGCUUUGACUGCAUGUUUUCCUUGGUGUACGACUACGACGGCACGAUGCAUUCCAAAGGGAAGCAGGUCGAUAAGCCUGGAUCCAAAUGUAAAGUCGUUGCAUUUAUCCUUGGCGUAUCAGUUCCCUAACACACACUACAUGACACUAAAAUCGCUAGUAGAAGAAAUAGAUGCGGACAUGUCUGGCUCGUGGGAACUGAGAUUGUAUUCCAGAGAUCCCCGAGUUAAUGGCAAGCAAGUGCAUAAGGCGAUCCGUGGAUAUUCUGCGAUAGAAGCCGACGAGUUGGAUCUGCGCGUGGGCGAUUGCCUGUAUAUAAACGGCGAAGCCCUUGCAAACACCUCAGACGGAUGGGUAGAAGGAACUUCAGCACAAACAGGACAAUGCGGUCUGUUGCCCAGCAGUUACGUGGAGCGCACGUGCGAGAUGGAUGCUUGGACGUUGCACGCGUGCAUCUCCUUAGAUGAGGACCCGCUGAACAACAAAAGGGCACCCUUCUCCAUAGGGGACUCCUUCUCAUCGUCGAGGUGCAAACAGCAGCAAGUGCACAGACAGUCGUCGAUGGCCAGCACCUGCACCGCAAAUGCGCCCUUGGCAGAGCCAGAAAGACUCUCCAGGCCUCCGUCCAGGGAUUACGAAAACUUGAUGGAUCUGAAAAUCGCCGCCGACCAGUGUUCGUCUUCAUUAGAAAUCGGUGGUAUCAGUAGCGAUGGCGGAGGCGGCGGUGUCCGCAACCUGUUCCUGAUGCGGCACGGCGAACGCGUCGACUUCGUUUUCGGUUCCUGGGCGUUGCACUGUUUCGAUCAAUCGGGAGAAUACGUGAGAAAAGACCUGAACAUGCCCGAAAAAGUGCCGCGCAGGGAGAUGGGAGCAGAAGGAUUCCUGUUGGACUCGCCGCUCACCAAUAUCGGACUGCACGAGGCGCUACUGGUAGGCGAGGGUCUUCUAGCGAACGGGCUUCGCGUGGAUCACGUGUAUAGCUCUCCGUCGCUGCGAUGCGUCCAAACGGCGGACGCCGUCCUGAGAGGGCUCGGCGUGAAGCAGCACGUGCUGGUGCGCGUCGAGCCGGGUCUGUUCGAAUGGACGGGGUGGUAUCAGGACGCGGCUGCCGGUCAGCCCGAUUGGAUGGAGGCGCAGGAAUUGCAACAGGCCGGAUACCACGUGGACAGGGCGUACAGGCCGCACGUACAUCACCAACAUCUCAAGGACACCACCGAGACGUGCGAAGAGUAUUACAGGAGGAAAGCUAACGUGUGUAAAGGCAUCCUGGAAGAUAAUCCGAGCGGCAGCAUCCUGAUCGUCGGCCACUCGUCCACUUUGGAAACGUGUUCGUACGAACUGCUCGGCCGAUCUCCGCGCCAGCCCGAAGAAAUGAUGAAACUGCUAAGGAAGAUCCCGUAUUGCGCAUUGACGCAUCUGACGUGCGAUCCGGACACCGGUGGCAAGUGGACGGUGGUCCAAACGCACGCGCCGCCCUUGUCCGUAACGCAUUCCACCAAUCAAACGUUCGACACGAAAAUAUUGCAGAAUUACACGGACUGAUCUUGAUAGGUUGUCGUUAUGAUAACGGUAGUGGCUGUCGUAUGUUGUACUUGUUGUUAUGCGUCGGGCAAUCCCAUUACGCCGCUACACCGAUACUCGUAAUCGCGCCACAUUGAUUUUUUUGUGGACAUUUCAUUUUUGGAAAUCUUUCGCAAAAUAUUUAUAUUUGUCAGUGACGAGUUUCACUUUGUAGGGCUAGAAAAUUUUAUGAUGCAACAAGUACAUGCGAGUUAUGUAUUGUACAGGCUGGCCAACUAAGAAUGCGAGGUGGAAACCUAUCCAUUGCGGCAAAAAAAGUUAUUACUAAAACGGCCAAGAGAAAAGCCUGGAAAAUAUUUUCAAGUUUCUGAAAUGCCGCUAAGGAGCAUAACUGCAAUCUUGAAUCGAAAAAAGUGAUGUUUCUGCGAAUUGCGCUAUACAAGGUGGCGCAUCGAAAACGAAACAGACGCAUUUACUGGCAGCUCAGCUUUUUUUUUUGGAAAAACGCUCAGACCCGUCGAUUUUGUUUUCGAGGGGGACAAAAUCACGUUAGCACGUGCAGCCCCCUAAGCGGGGGUGACACCACCCCCAAAAUCUUAAAUGGAAAAGGGGGUCGAGUGAUUCCUUAUUUUAAAAGUCUUCCAAUUCCCUUUAUAAUGAUGUAAAAUACAUUAGCUUCAGUUCUGUACUUUUGAAGAUUUAUUGAUUUAAAGCUUAAAACUAAUACAUCAUCAUUAGUGAAGAUCAAUACAUUUGGCAGCAAAGUAAUUUAAAAAUGAAGAAUGAACUGACCCGUUAGGCAAGUAAAUGUUGAAAAUGGCCACCAUGACUCUCCACGCAAAAAUAAAGAUUUUGCUCAAAACGUUGCCGCACAUUUUGCAAUAUUUGAGGAGUAAUUUGAAGGCACUCAUUCACAAUUCUUUGUCGCUGAGUAGCAUAGAUUUUGCUUUUUAAAUGACCUCACAUAAAGAAAUCCAAUGGUGAUAAAUCUGGCGAUCUUGGGGGCCAUUCAAUGGCACCUCUUCUACCAAUCCAUCGAUCUGGAAACGUCUGAUCUAAAUAGUGUCAACACGUAAUGCGUAAUGUGGUGGGGCACCAUCCUGUUGGAACAUCAACCUAUUCUCAAUGUACCGCCGAUCAUUCUGAUUAUGGCUCUUAAUGCAGGAUCUAUGGCGUCUUCCAGUAAUUCCAAAUACAUUUCACGGGUCAAAUUUCCAGGUAAGAAAAAAGGACCAACUAAAUGAUCGCCAAAAAUACCAGCCCAAACAUUUAAUUUUUGUGGCUGCUGUGUAUGAACCUCAUGAUAAAUUCUGGGAUUAGAAUCGGACCAAUAUCGGCAGUUAUGACGAUUUACUACGCCAUUUAAGAAAAAGGAACAUUCAUCGGAAAAGCAAGUAUUGAAUAGAAAAUGUUCAUCGUUUAUAAUUCGUUCACUCAUAUCUUCACAAAAUUGUAAUCGCCGAUCAAAAUCGUCCUCAUUAAGUUCUUGUACCAGGAGCCUUUUAUACGGAUGAAAACUAUGGACCUUAGAAUAUGUUGGACAGUACGUCGACUAACACCACACACAGUCUCCUACUUAACGUAGGAUCUACAUAAACUUGCCCCAAAACCCCCACUUCUAUUACUUCGUUCCUUAUGGGAUUUUCAAUGUUGCGUUUUUUAUUGGCGACUGACCCAGUUUCCCGAAAUUUAGCUACAAGUUCUAGAACAUAUUUUCGAUGCAUGUUACUGUUCUCAUGUCGCUCAUUAAAUAUUUCUGCAGUUCUAUUAGCGCACUGAUUAUUUCCGAAAAAUAUUUCGAUAAUUUCAACUCUUUCUGCUGUGGAAUAUACCAUGGUUAAUUUAUGUAAUAAAGCGUUACAAGUUAUUUUAGCAACAAAGUUUGGUCAAAUCAAUCGCAAACUAUGUACUAAAUUCCUGUUUAAAAUAAGUACGAGAUAUUUCCUUAUCUUUCUUCAAGAAAUAACUUUUUUGCCAUAAAAAAACGCUUCAAUAGCUAUUUUCAACAGCAAAAUGAUAAACAAAUCAUGAGCGUAGUGAAGAAAAGCAUUUACUUAUUAAGUAAAUUCUUUUAGUCAAAUUUCUUCUGAAAGUAGUACAAACUAAUCUGAUGUACCUAAUCUUCAAAACUACUGAACUGAAGCUCAUGUAUUUUACAUCAUUAUAAAGGGAAUUGAAAGACCUUUAAAAUAAGGUAUCACUCGAUCCCCCUUUCCGUUUAAGAUUUUAGGGUCGGUGUCACCCCCGCCCAGGGGGCUGCGCCACCCUGUAUAUUAACCUAACAAAAAAAUACCUGAUCUUUAAAGUCGAAGACAUUGUGAAGUUCUUUGUUUGACAAUUUUUCCUGUCUCUCUAGUAAUAAAGUGGUGGGCGGUAUUCGAAGGUUUCCGUAAAAAAACACCCGGUAUCUUCGAAACGGCUGAGCCGAUUUUAACAAACUUAAGCUAGUUGGAAAGAGCUAUUCUUGGGCUGCGAAUUUUAUAAUAUUUCAAGUUUUGUUAGUUUCACAUGUAGCCGCUAGAGAAGAGGGCUUUUUUCAGACAUUCCGACAGAAAUGGUUAAUUUUCUCAAAGGGAAUUAAAUGCAUUGCUAUUGUUUUUUUAUGAAAAAGUAGCUAAAUGUUGUCUAAACAAGCUCGCGAAAAACGCAUCUCGAUAUCUUGUUCCUAACCUGAAAUUUAGGCCAAAGAAAAUGUUAUAUGGAAAUCACUUAAAUUUCUGUUUUUCUAAACUAACUUUUCUGGAAUUCUUUUCUAUUCAUCAGAACAAAAUCACCCUUUUUGAAAACAUUACAAAAUAUCGGGGGCAUUAAAAACCUUUCUUUUUUAAAUCGGUCCUUUUUCGGGCCACAGCCUAAUAAUAAAAAGAAAUUCCAGAAAAAAUAGUUUAACAAAAUCUUGUUUGGAUUAAAUUUUAGGUUAGGAACAAGAUAUCAUUUAGCUACUUUUUCUUAUAAAAAAUCAUAGCACUUCAUUUAUUUUUUUUUUUUUGAAAAUUAACCAUUUCUGUGAAACUAAAAACAUUUGAAAAAUUAUAACAUUUGUAGCUUGAAAGAAUAACCCCUUGAAGUUAGUUUAAUGCAUAAAAACAAUUUAAAACAAAUGUUACGCUUGUGUCUUCAAGGUAAUUUUUUGGUUGUCUUCUGAUCCGUUUGCAUUCUCCAUACCAAAAUUGUUAUCGCAAAAACUAGACAUUUUGGGAUUGCUCACUAUUGCGAUCGUCUUAUAUAUUCGUAGAAUUUAGCUAUAAUAGAAAAAUCAAAUUGUAUUAUGUAGCGUUAUUGUUCACCUUAGCCAUGUGCAAUAAUAUUUGAUCUCUGAACCAAUUUUGCCAUAGUUUUAUUAAUUUCCUAUUGUGGGUGUCGUAUGCAAUUCGUAACACAUUUUCUACAAUCUUCAUUAAUAAAACAAACAUUCAUUGUUGCGCAAUAUUUUUUGAUACAUUGGUACCAGAGACAACAUUUUUGAUUGUACGUUGAAAAAAGACUAAAGCGGGUAUUGAAUUUUUAUAUGCGUACAUAACUGUACAAAUUCGAACUAUAAGAUUUUUGAAAAAAAACUAUUUUUACUUCAAAUGUAUUGAAAUUGCAUUACAGUCCACAGUACUACACGCAACACGCAAGAUAUUGUGUGUUUUGAAGUGAUACAAAGUUACCUAUUAAUCUUAGUUUAAAUUGUACGUUAUUAGUGUUGAGCAAAAAUUUCACUUAAAUUGGAAUAUAAUAUAGGAUAUUUAACAAAAGAGUCUCGUAUUACGAGUGUUUGACAAUUACCUGAAAAUAAAAUUUGAACAUCUAUACUAAUUCCAUUUUGGCUGAAAUAUGUACUCAACAUGCGAAUAUGUUAAAGCACGUGCAUCUGCUGAACUGCUGACAGUAUUGUUUUGUUAUCCAUGGGAUCAAUAAACCGAUCAUUUCACGUUCUGAGCUUUUUUAGUUGUCGCCUAUAUAUAUAGUGGCUGUUUCAAAUUCGAUCCACAACAUUGGCAUUUUUUUAGGCAACUGCAGGACAAAGCGAAUUUUCC